UAACAAACGAAGAAGACACAACACGAUGGCGAAUGCUCCCGCACCGCGCUCAGAACUACCUGGUCUGGAUACCGCACCGGACGUCUACGAAACAUACGUAGACGAUGACACGACCGCAAGCACAGCUGGAAAUCGCUCCUCCCCUCCACUUCCUUCGGAGCCUUCAGACACGAGUGCCGAUGAAGAAGACGAUGACGACUUUCGCGGUAUCAGCACACGGAGAUUGCAUGUCAGUGGGGCGCGCUUGCGCUUUGGAGAACAAAGCCGUAUUAUCGAGACCAGAGGGGCGGAUUUGAGCGACAGAGUGGAUGGCCGACGGAAGGGGUAUCGUGUAAAACGCGGUGGCGCAGUGCAGGACGACGAUGAGACUCUAGAGGCAAAGAUUGCAAGACUGCGUAGGGAGGUCGAGGAAUGCCGGGCAGAAGCAGAAGCUGAGAGACGACAGAGGAAGGCAGACACUGACAAUGAGGAUGGGGAGGAUGACGAUGGCUACGUUGAUGCCACCGAGAAGCUAUGCGAGAUGCUUGCUGAAGCGCAAUUACCUGAAAAAGCACGGAAGAAAAAGGGACAUGCCAGGAACAACAGUGGCAGCGUCUUUCACGACGCACCUUCAACAGCUAUACCGGACACUGGGACCGAUCGAGAUGGCGAUGUGAAUGAUGAGCACACCUUGACGAAGGUCUCGGCUUUUGAGGCCAGGCUGGCUGCGUUGGAGCAGUCACUGGGCAUAGCAUCUUUAGACUCGGUUACAGAUGCGGACAGCGCAUCCACUCCAUUGCUGCCGACUCUGACGCUACUCGAUCACCAGCUUGCCAGCUUGACCACUGCAACAUCGUUGAGCUCACUAGAGCAAGCCACAUCACGCAUACAAAAACUCAAGUCAGAAGCACACAAUCUUGCACAACUACAAAGAGCUGCGGUCAGCGCGAAGAGCACUCCAGCCGGAUCAGACGAUGAAGAAGAAAGCGAGGCUCCACCGCUGCUGUCAUCCGAUGAUAUGAAACGUCUUGAGACAUUAUACACCUUACUACCCAGUCUGCAAUCACUCUCUCCUAUCGUUCCGCCGCUUGUGGAGAGGUUAAGAUCUCUUCGCACGCUGCACUCAGCAGCCGCCAAUGCAAGCCGGGAUCUCGACGAUAUCGAAAGUAGACAGGCUGAGAUGGAUAAAGAGCUGAAGAUGUGGCGAGAAGGGUUACAGAAAGUGGAAGAAGCUGUUGAGCAGCAUGGCCAGGCGAACGGGAGAAAUGGAAACUUUGUCAAGGGCUGGGUGGAAGACCUCGAGGCAAGAGUGAAGGCGCUGGGCCGUUGAGGGGUAUCAAUCUGCAUACUUCAUUCUCACGAAUCACGAGUUACACGCGAUGCGCCGCUCAGUCGCAGCCUCACGGACUUCACGCGUCUGAUACAAAUUUGCAAGGGCAUUGCGACGCGUUCCGUUCAUGUUGGCUGGUGACCAUUGUUGACGAUUUGCAGAGCCCGAACCUCCCGCCGUAGGACAAAAGCAGCGCGCGCAAUCUUGGAUCCGAACUUCCAGCUUGUUGGCAACGGGUGUUAGAAGAGCCGACAUGGAUUCAACAGGCUAAGAAUCAAGC